GUAUGGCCCCCGCCGCGUAUCAACCGUUUGGCGUGCCGUCCGUUUGGCGUAUCAACCGCGCGAAACCCAGUGUCGUGUUAUCAUAGUGGUGUUUAAUUUAAACUGUGAUAUGUGAUGAGUGAUAAAGAUGCGACGCGUCAACUAGCACAAAUGGCCGCGACGGGGGCACGCGAGAACGACGAUGAAGGCUCGAAGCUCCAACCCGAGCUCUGAACUGACAAUGAGCACAACACUAGUGCCAUACCACAACAAUACACAUUACACUACGUACCUCUACCCAUCCAAACGACCGCCUGACGUCAGAAAUGCUACCCUCAAGCUCGAAGUCAGGGACACAAACACCAGUGGUGACUUUAUGAAGCUAGUCGAAGACUUCAGUGAUUACUUCUAUGGUAACACCUCCCAUGACUUUAGUACCAACGCAAGCCAAUUAGAUUUGGCAGACGUGUACGGUUACACAAACUGUAGUUUUAAUGGCACUUUCAAUAUAUCAUGUUUUAAUAGACAAGUGGAUGAUUCGGAUCAGAAUCUGUGGGCGUUAUUGCUAUUAAUAUUUCCUUUUUUCACGUUGUUUGGGAAUGUGUUAGUGAUUAUGAGUGUAGUGCGGGAGAGGACGCUGCAAACCGUGACUAAUUAUUUUAUAGUGAGUUUGGCUGUUGCUGAUCUACUGGUGGCAGUCGUCGUGAUGCCCUUCGGAGUUUAUUAUUUGGUUAACGGGUCGUGGGGUCUGCCGGCGUUCGUGUGCGACGUAUACAUCGCGAUGGACGUCACCUCGUCCACCUCUAGCAUAUUCAACCUCGUCGCCAUAUCUGUUGAUAGGUACAUAGCAGUAACACAGCCAAUAAAAUAUGCAAAACACAAGAACAACAGACGCGUCUGGUUCACCAUAGUCCUCGUCUGGCUGAUCUCCGCAGCCAUCGGAGCGCCCAUAGUCCUGGGCCUCAACGACACGCCUGAUAGGAACUUCGACGAGUGCCUCUUCAACAGCCAGAACUACGUCAUCUAUUCGUCUUUAGGGUCCUUCUAUAUCCCCUGCAUCAUGAUGAUGUUCCUUUAUUAUAAUAUUUUUAAGGCGUUAAGAAACCGAGCAAAAAAGCAAAGAGCUGCCAAAAAACCUCCCGUCUCUGGUGACCCCAACACGGGUGCCACCACAGCCGUGGUGAUAGAAAAUGUGGCGCAGACCAGAAGACUGGCGGAGACUGCGCUGCAUGAUGACAGACCUACCAACACUGGGUCUGGCAGUAAUGAGGAUGAUCAUGAAGACAGUUUCGACAAGAGGUCAGCAGAUCUGGAGGCGGACGCGGAUGAUUGUCACGUCAUACCCAACGACAAGUCCACUGAGUUCAUGCUGGCUACCGUCGCCGAGGAAUCAGCCAACACUCCAAAAAGAAACAUCAAAUCCCAGCCAAUCCCGGACCCAAACGGGAACAACGACUCCGGGUACGCACCCUCAAACCUGGAAGACACGAUCAGAGAACACGUGUCUCCUCCUGGGUCACCAGGGUUGAAAGACGCCACGGUGCUGAAGAACAUGGCCUGUGAUGGCUCCAAGUGGAAGAAAAAUGGGAAGACUUCUAAGUUAUCUGUAGAUUCCAGAAACGUAUCCUUAGCCCUGAGAUCAGACGACGAGGUCACGGCCAGUCAGUUCGACCUCCGAGACGGGUCCAGUUCCAAGAAGGAAAGGAAAGCCAGUGCAGCGACUGCCCGCUUCACAAUAUACAAGGCUAAUAAAGCCAGCAAGAAGAAACGAGAGAAAUCUUCUGCUAAGAAAGAAAGAAAGGCCACUAAGACCUUGGCGAUAGUUUUAGGUGUAUUCCUCUUCUGCUGGGCACCAUUCUUCACCUGCUCAGUCCUCGGCGCCAUCUGCGACAAGUUUGGCCUCCCCUACUCUCCUGGGGUGACCGUGUUCAUCCUGACCACGUGGCUGGGCUACAUCAACUCGUUCCUCAACCCCGUCAUCUACACCAUCUUCAACCCUGAGUUCAGGAAGGCCUUCAGGAAGAUACUCCAUUGUGGCACCUAGCCCGUCGACUAUUUGGUCGUCUUCACUCAGUAGAUCUCGUUUUGUUGCGAAGAUUUUUGUGUACGUAUUAUUGUGUUUGAAAGUUGAUGUUGUAUAGAGGAGCCCAGUUUUGAGUGGUAGAAGCUGCAAGCUAAAGAUUCAUUGAAAAACUGGGCUAGUAAUGAGAAAUGGUGAAACAUUGAUACGGAGAAUAAUAAGAGACAAAUGCAGGCAGAUAAACUCGUCAAAAUAAUUGACUAAACGCCUGUUGGUUGAGACGCUUGGAGAUACAAGAAUCCCAAGGAUGCUUCAGUUUGCUCCGGCUUGUGCCAAAUGAAACGAACUUUUCUAAUAAUAUGUAUAAAGAAAUCUACAAACAAAAUGUACGUUCUCCUCAUUAUUAUUCCUGAGAGAUCUACUGGACGACCAAAUUGUACAAAGUACAAACAAUGUUUUAACUCAAAGUGAUAAACCAAUAAAUUGAACGUUUCGUGUUAGACGUAGCAACAUAGCAUAUCAAAUGUAUUUAAAUUGUAAUUUAUAAAAUUAUAACUUAUUGUAAAAAUGUAUCGGUAAUGUAUAGCUUGCUUAUAGCUCACGAUAUUCUAGUCAUCAGUAUUAUAUGCCAAAGAUAUUAGAAGCGAUAUUAAUAAGCUUUAGUUAUUUUUAAGGUUGUGAUUAUUUUAAUUUUCAAUUUAUAGUUAAUCGUUUUUUCUUCUGACUGUACCAUACUGUAAAUGUACAAUCGACAAGAAAAGUUUUAGAUUAAAUUAAAAUAAUAAUAAAGACACCAUGUAUCUAUAACACAGUGAAGACAAAUUAGUGAAAUAAUUAUGGAACCCAAAGACAAUCUAGCUCAUUUUUCUUAUAAAUAAGUGGUAAAGUAUUAGUAUCUCUAAGUAACUUGAUUAUUUUUGAGUGGUUAAUUGCUGGACACAUUGUUUUGCUAACAAAUUAUAGUCUUUAUGCAAAAUUUUAAAUAGUUUUAAGGUUUUAUUUAGA